AUGAUAGAUGAAGCUUGUGUGAAUGAUGAAGAGGCACAUAAUUAGUAGCCAAAGCAAGGAAUUCACAAUGUUCAUCGUCUUUAUAAUGAGGAAUAGAGUGGAUCUACUCAAAUUCCUAAUAACUCCUUCUCUAAUUCUAGAUUUGAUGAUGUGGAUGAAGAUUUAUUGGCAAGCAAUACACCAAGAGCGAAUCAAGUAGUGAGAGCAACUUAAUCCAACCAAUAAGAUUAAAAAAUCAGUCAAUAGUAAAGCUCGUAGCCAAGGAACAGGAGAUAAACAAAUUAUUCCAUGUAAAUAAGCAAAAAUGAUCAUAACAAGCUAGAUUUGUCAGCUAGAAUAACUAAAUAACAAACACACCUCAAAAGAGAUCUCAGUCUACUUAAAGCCUGGACAACUCCUUAAAGUCCAAAGACAGAUCUAAAAGUGAUAUAUUCGAAUGAUUACAUGCAGAAAGUGGGAAUAGAAAAAACUUUCAUAAAUUGGCAGAGACUUAUCUUGUUGAAGAAGCAAUCGCUCCUGGAGGGCAAGGAAAAAGAAUUGAUUAAUGUGCAAUAUAAGAUAUCAGAGACAUCUGUGAGUCUCCUUGAGAGCAAAAAUAAAGGAUUAAUUAUAGACAUUUUGUAAGAGCUAUCUUAGAAUGAUGUCUUAUACUAAGAGGAUCUAUACAAGGUGCUAGUAUAACUUGAAAUAAUCGAUGACUUUGCAAAGAACAAGCAUCAGUUCAAAUCAUUCCUUACCUCUAAGAAAAUUCUUCAGGAAACUGAUUAUCUCUUAUUCCCAAUACAAAAGAGGGCUAUACAUUGGGAUAAAAUCCAAAAGUUUUUAGAAAUAUUACUCUCAGUUAAGUUUAAGAAGAAUGAAAAGUUGCGAUUAAUUUCAAGUAUUACUCAGGAUAUGCAUCCUCUGCCUGUCAAUGAUAAAAUACAAGCGAUCUUGAAUUAUUAGGAUGAUUUAAAGCUAGAGAGAAGAGUGGAGAGGCCUUCUCAUUCACCGCUAUUAGCGAGGAAAAUAAGACAUAAUAAAUCAAUUGAGUAUCUUCAUAAUGUCCUUGAAAAAGAAAAGCAAAGCUUAAAACCUAAACCUACAAUCAAUUAAAACUCUAAGCAGUUAGAUUAAAUAACUAAGCUAAAAUAAAUCAUCAAAGGUAUCAAGAGAAAUAAUAGAAGUAUCGAUCUAGAUGAGAGUUAAGUACCAGAUGAUGAGGAUGAUAUUUCCCCUAUUAAAAGCUUUUAAUAGUCCAGCCAAAAGAAGAGCAGAAGAGAUACUUAGAAAUCAGUAGAUAAGGCUUAAAAGAAAAAUUUCACAAGCUUUUUUCACAGAUGUGAUGUUCUUUAUCGUGAUGCUAGAAUAAGAUAAGAUUCUGAAAAGUAAAGCAAUGUUACUUCUGGUGAUAAGAAAUCUCAUAAAGAAGAGGUUUCGUAAGAGGUAAAUAAAUUACUGAGUACUAAAAUGCUAUUGUCUAAGAAUGAAAAGGGAAAAAAAGUACUCACUAAGUCUUAGUCAAUGAUUGGCAGAUCUCAAUACUCCUAUAAAAAGUAACAGCCAAGAUAGUUGCAAAAGAUACGUACUAUUGUAGAGAACAAAAAUAAUGAAUAACAAUAGAAAAAUGAUAAUGAAGACAGUGAUGAGGAAAAUGUGCAUUCUUAAACCUCGUCAUCUCCAUAAGGAGGAAUCAAAAUAAACUCUACUCAUUUAAAGAUUCAGGAUUACUAGCCAGGAGAUGUCAGCAAGUAUCUGAAGUAAAGUUAAUUCUCUCCAGUUGAAGAGUACACGUAGGAAUAGCUGGAGACAGAGAGAAGAAUGCUUUGUUUAUUAGACUUGAACUUAGGUAAUAACAGAAGAGUUCAAUUGUAAAUAUUUUAAGGAGAUGAACUGAAUGGAGUUAUUAAAAAGUUAAAAUCUCUUCACAAUCUUAAUAAGUAGCAAAUUGAUGUUGUGAAAUUUAAACUAGGAGAGUUAGAAGUAUUCAAGAACUAAUAUUAUUGA